AUGAGGAGCAGUAUCUCGUUCCGAGAUGGAAAUUGGCAAAAGAUUAUUUUAAAACAUGGAGAAGCAUUGUGGUAUAAGGUCAAGGACAAAUUUGAAGUUUGUGAUGGACUGAGAGAGCAUAAGUUACAAGGCUUUGUGAUAAGCACUAUGCAAAGACUCUUUAGAGCUUGGAGAGCUCGAUUGCAUAACUGUUACUCUGCCUAUAGUACCGAUGAAGACAGAUUGUUGCAUCGUCCUGAGGAUGUUGAGUUGGAGGAUUGGAAAUACCUAGUUAAGUAUUUUGGCAGUGAAAAAUUCAAGGUUGUCAGUGAGAGAAACAGAAAAAAUAGAGAAGAACAAAUAACUAAGCAUUCUUGUGGUACAAGAUCAUUUGCAGAAGUAGAGGAAUCUACGAGAAAUCCUGAAUCGGGAGAAAAAGACACACCAGAUAAAGUUUGGGAGAUUCAACACACACGUAAAAAUACUAAUAGAGAACGUGAAUGGUUGGAUCCACAAUCACAACAGAUUCAUGGUCAGCUCCAACAUCUUGUUGUUGAACAACAAUCUGAAGAGAUCGAGCAUCACAUGACUAGGGAUGAUAUCUUAUCUUCAGUUCUUGGUGAGAGAUCAGGCUAUGUUCGAGGGAAUGGAUACGGAAAGAAACCUCCUAAAAAGACUCAAAUACAGCAGGCAGACAUAGAGGCUAGUGUGUCUUCAACGAUGGAAAGUAUGCGUCAAGAGAUGCAAGCUGAUAUGGAUAGAAAAUUUGCAAAAAAAUUUGGAAGAGGAGCGUGA